UGCUAAAAUCUGGUCGAUCACAUAAAAUGCUUUUUCCACAAUGAGCAAACUUAAAUAUCUCAGUAUGGGGAUCUUCACCAUUCUUAUCCAAGAAUGUUUUUAUCCAGAAAAACGCAGCUCACCCGUUUACUUACAUUUAAUUACAAUGCAGUCUUGACCUCCGCAAAAUGGCGGACCCGUUGACGUAUCGCAGCAACGUUCCAAAGCGGCCAAUAGGGCGUCUAUGUAUAUAUUAUGUCUAUGGUUUACCCCACCCCCUUUGUGGUAAGUGUCUUGUGUAUUUCUCAUCUAUCGCUUUCAUUUCUUUUUUUUGGUGUCACGUGUUAUUGUUUCGGUCUGUUUAGAUUUGUAGACAGACAGUGAUGUUUUUGUUUCUGUAUUUUAACAUAUAUUUUAGCAUACAAUGAAGAUCUCUGUGUCUGUCCUCGUGUUGACUUUGUCCGCACAGGUGUGGUCCAACUUUUGUCCAUGUGCACUAGAGGAGCUCUGUCAACCCAUUCGAUCCCAACCAGCGUUUGAGGUUUUUGUAUUCGAUGUUGGGAAAAAGGCUUGGAAGUAUUAUGACUGGACGAAAGUUACAACAGUUGCAGCUUUUGGACAAUAUGAUGCAGAUCUCAUGUGUUAUGCUCACUCUAAAGGAGCUCGAUUGGUCCUGAAAGGAGAUGUGCCACUCUCAGAUAUUGUGGAUCCAGUAAAUAGGACAGCUUGGAUACAGGCAAAGGUCAAGUUGGCAAAGAGUCAGUUUAUGGAUGGAAUAAACCUAGACGUUGAGCAGGCGGUGCAGACCGGUUCCCCUGAGUACUAUGCUUUGACAGCCCUCGUCAAGGAAACUACUGAAAUUUUCCACACAAAGAUCCCAGGCUCUCAGGUAUCAUUUGAUGUGGCUUGGUCGCCCAAAUGCAUCGAUGAGCGUUGCUAUGAUUACGUGGCCAUUGCCGAUUCAUGCGAUUUCUUGUUUGUUAUGUCCUAUGAUGAGCAAAGCCAGAUCUGGGGUGAUUGUAUAGCCAUGGCCAAUAGCCCCUUCAAUCAGACAUUGACAGCCUAUGAUCAAUACAUCAGCAUGAACAUAGACUCAAAGAAACUUGUGAUGGGUGUUCCAUGGUAUGGUUAUGACUACAGCUGCCUACAUUUUUCAGUGGACGGAAUAUGUACAAUUCCAAAAGUGCCAUUCAGAGGGGCUCCAUGUAGUGAUGCAUCCGGCAAACAAAUUCCCUACAGCAUCAUGAUGAAACAGAUCAACAGCUCAAUAUCAGGAAGACUGUGGGAUGAGAACCAGCGAGCUCCAUAUUAUAAUUACAAGGACACAGAAGGCAAGGUCCAUCAGGUGUGGUAUGAUGACCCAGAAAGUAUUGCUCUAAAAGCUACCUAUGUGUCACAGCAUGGUCUGAAAGGAAUCGGGAUGUGGAACGGAAAUCUCCUGGACUACAGCAGUGAUCCAAUCGCCCAGCAACAGACUGUGGACAUGUGGAACGCACUAAUACCCAAAGUACACAGGGUCUUAUAGGAUUCUGCUGUCUCUUGUUGUCCAUAUUCACACAAGGUUUGAGUGAAAGAAGAAGUGCUUACCAUAAAUAUUUGUCAUAUUUAUGAUUAAUUUGAUUGUUGUAUCAUAAACCAAAUAAAUAACACAUUCCUUGUCAGCAAGCCUACUAAAACUUUAUAUUUAAUUGACAUUGGCAUAUUUAUUGAUCAUUGUAACCAUUUGCAUGAACAUAAUUUCCCAAAUGUAAUACUGCAAAUGAUCCUAAAUCAGCAUAAUAUCAAGCAAUAUGUUUGUUUUUCUUGACAGCUCAUUUCUCUGAGACUUCUGUUUUGUGGUAAUUUUUACAAAUUAUAAAAAACAAUGAUUUGUGUGACUAUGUUAAAGGUGAAGUAUGUAAUUUUUUUGCAUGUUAAAAUGGGUUUUAACAUGCAAAAAAAUUACAUACUUCACCUUUAACAUAGUUAUUACAAUUAAUUAUAAGUCCUAGAGUUAACCAUCUCAGAGGACAGGGGACAUGUUCUGGAAACUCAUUAUUUAGUUCAUUUGGUGUCAUGAAUGGUGCAGAAAUUACAUACUUCAUGUUUAAACAGCCUUAACUCAGGAAGCAGAUAUAGCAUUUAUACUGUACAUUACACAAAUUUCAAAACAAUGUCUUUCAAAUCUCAAUACAAUGUUUUGUGCUUUAUGUAAAUGUAAAAAACGUGUUUUACACAUCAUUUCUUCAUUUCAGUGAAGGCUGAAUUUGCAACAAAUCUAAUUUCUAAGAAAUCUACUGUUAAGCACAUAGAUGUGCAUUCUGUGUUUCUUUAAAUCUGAGCUCUCUUUUGCAUCAGUUCUGCUCUCAGGGCCGGUAGUUCUGCAGCAGCUUGCUUUCUCAACUAGACAAAUAAAGAAAAAUAAAUAAAUAAAGUGUUGAAACUAACAACAGAA